AUAACAAAAGCUCCGGAAGCGCCAUAUUUAAAAGACGUAAGGCGGAUCGUCCGAGAGGGAAACACAAUGCCUGUCAGGGAUUAUUCUACCGAUAAAGACGAAAUAAAGUCUUUUCUGGUAGAAUUCCACACAACAGAAAAUGGGAAAAAGGUCUACAAAUAUGCUCAGCAAUUGAAAAAAAUUGCACACAGAGAAGAGGUGGCAUUUCAAGUGGAUCUGAAUGAUUUGAUGGAAAGUCAUCCGGAGAUGACCGAUGCCGUCUUGGAGAAUGCCCAGCGAUACGCAAAGCUGUUCGCCGACUGCAUUUACGACAUCCUACCGGAUUAUAAAGAAAAGGAGAUAGAAGCGAAAGACACUCUGGAUGUUUACAUCGAACACAGGUUAUUGAUGGAACAAAGAUAUCAUCAACCGGGUGAGAAUAGAGAUCCUCAAAAUCGAUAUCCUCCAGAAUUAAUUCGAAGAUACGAAGUUUAUUUUAAAGCUCCGGCACAGCAGAAAUACGUUUCCGUUCGACAGGUGAAGGCGCAACACAUCGGAAAGUUGAUAACGGUUAAGGGAAUAAUAACCCGAUGCACCGAAGUCAAGCCCAUGAUCGUGGUGGCCACUUACACUUGCGAUCAGUGCGGUUCGGAGACCUAUCAACCGACGAUGGGUCCGGUAUUUAUGCCAUUGAUAAUGUGCAGUAGCAAUGACUGUAGAGUGAAUAAGUCGGGAGGUAGACUCUAUCUACAGACGCGAGGUUCAAAGUUUAUGAAAUUUCAAGAAUUAAGAAUACAAGAGCACAGUGAUCAAGUUCCUGUCGGGAACAUACCCCGUUCAAUGACUGUGUAUGCCAGAGGAGAAUUGACGAGACAAGCCGUACCAGGUGACCACGUAGUGGUAACUGGAGUGUUUUUACCACUGGCCAAAAGUGGAUUCGGUCAAAUAACUCAAGGGUUAUUGGCCGACACAUUCUUAGAUGCUCAUAGGAUAGCAAAAGUUAACAAAGCGGAAGAUGAAGAACAAGAAUUGACAGAACUAACCCAGGAGGAACUCAAGGAAUUAGAUGAGUCGGAUUUUUACGACAAACUUGCCUGCAGCAUUGCGCCAGAAAUUUACGGUCACGAAGACGUCAAAAAGGCACUGUUGUUGCUGUUGGUAGGCGGAGUGGAUUGCAAUCCGAGUGGAAUGAAAAUAAGAGGAAAUAUAAAUAUAUGUCUUAUGGGUGAUCCCGGCGUGGCCAAAUCUCAGUUACUUUCUUACAUAGACCGUCUGGCUCAGCGCAGUCAGUACACUACCGGUCGAGGAUCUUCCGGCGUCGGUCUGACCGCAGCCGUGAUGAAGGACCCCGUCACGGGUGAAAUGACCCUGGAGGGUGGCGCCCUGGUGUUGGCCGAUCAGGGAGUGUGUUGCAUCGACGAAUUUGACAAGAUGAUGGAUGCGGAUCGGACGGCCAUACACGAGGUGAUGGAACAGCAGACGAUAUCCAUCGCCAAGGCGGGCAUAUUGACCACGUUGAAUGCCAGGGUGUCCAUACUGGCCGCCGCCAACCCCGCUUACGGGCGCUACAAUCCAAAGAAGACCGUCGAACAAAACAUACAGUUGCCGGCAGCUCUUUUGUCUAGAUUUGAUCUCCUUUGGCUAAUUCAAGACAUUCCAGACAGAGAAAAUGACUUAAGAUUAGCUCAACACAUUACUUACGUGCAUCAGAAUAAUGCAGAACCUCCCUCCCAAUUCAAACCUCUGGACAUGAAACUGAUGAGGCGUUACAUAAUUUCGUGCAAGAGGAAAUUUCCUGUGAUUCCGGAAAAACUGACUGACUAUAUAGUCGGAGCAUAUGUCGAAAUGCGAAAGGAGGCUCGCAACAACAGGGACACGACAUUCACUUCCGCCAGAACCCUUUUAGCCGUUUUACGUCUGUCGACCGCAUUGGCACGAUUGAGGCUGUCGGAUAUUGUGGAAAAAGAGGACAUUAACGAAGCCAUACGAUUAAUGGAAAUGUCGAAAUGCUCGCUGUUACAACAGCAGAAAUCGACGGGAAGAGUUCAGACCAUCACCGACCAAAUAUUUGCCACAAUUCGAGAUCUCAUGAUGGAGCUGGGGGGAAGAAGCAUCAAGAUGUCCGACGCCAUCGAACGUUGCACGUCUAAGGGUUUUAAACCCGACCAGAUAGAUCAGGCAAUCGACGAGUACGAAGAAUUGAACGUCUGGCAGGUUAACCAGACACGAACGAGUAUUACAUUUGUGUAGUUAGAAACGUUAUAAUUUUUGUCAUUUGUUUCUCAAAAUCUAAUUUACUAUAAUAAAGCAUUACAAGUGUAUAUGGGGUAAAAAUUGAUUCAUACUCUACUGCCAUAAACAUCAUGAAAGCCUUUUAGCGUGGCAAGGAAAUUGAAUUUUGAUUGCCCAAAAAAUGUUUGUAUUAAUUAAACAAAUGA